CGGGAUAAUAAUACGUGUGCUCAUCGUACAGGAUGCAUACACAGUCCCCUUCGGGCGUGCAUUUCGCAUUUUGCCUCUCCAAAUUUAUCAGUCAUGGACCCGACACCCCGGGCAGCUCACGCUGAAAACAGCGCCCACUCAUGCUCAUGCUCCCUUGCCACCCCCCAAUUGCCAAUUCCGCUUCGUCAGACCGCCUUUCAUCCCAAAGCGCACAUCGCAACACCACUGCGCUUGAUGGGUCCCGAGAAUCGGGGACUACUACCUUCGCUCGGGUGAAGAGUGGGAAGAAAAAGCCAGCGGCGAGCACUCGACGGCACCAUUGCGGAGGGACCGCCGUCGGGCCAAGGCCAGGUGCGGCUCGUAAGGAUACCGACGGAGUGGUAGAGGGCGUCGGAAACGUAUCAACUACGUAUGCAAAGUGGCCAGCGCACACCGCAGAAGCAAAUUGGUCCUUGAACGCUUUGUUCGCAAAGAGCUCAAUUGACGGAGCGGGUAUAUGUCCUGCUAUAUUAUGCUUGCCUGUGAAACAUCGGACACCGAAAGAGAACUCUGCCCCUUCAACGAGUGAGAGCCUCCAACAUGACGCAGGUGCGCCACAUUGCAGCCCCUGUCCUGUCCUCCGAGAGUCUCCACGCGAACCAAAAAAACAAAAGGCCCGGCGCACAUCAUAAUGGCGCGCGGACCGAGGAAAAGAAACAUGUGCAGGCGGAGGAAACAACCGCGUGCAGCCUCGAGCCACCAGAAUAUCGCCGCGUGUACACGC